AUGUUACCAUUCGCACCGAAUGUUGCAGUUACUAAGGUAGUCCAGACACCAGAACCAUCCGAAACGAGGGAAAAGGUGCAAGUGGACUACGAUGAUAUCCCGUCAUUGACAAAGGUACUGGAGGAAAAUGCAGUGCAUACUGUCAUCUCCGCCAUUUCGAUCUACGACGAACAAACGAGCCAGUCGCAGCUGAACCUGAUCCAAGCUGCGGACAAAUCCAAUGCUACGACGAGAUUCAUCCCCAGUGAAUACUCGUUUAUACAGACGAAAGAACUUCUCCACGUUGACCCGAGCAUCCAACAUUUCCUAGACGCGGUGGAACUGCUCGGGAAGACCAAUCUGCAAUACACUCGGGUGAUCCCCGGUUUCUUCAUGGAUUACUGGGGAAUGAACCCCGAGAAGGAGGCCCAGAGCAAUCUUCAGCCGAUGACGUUCGGCACUGACAUCGCCAAUUGCAAGGCUGCUAUUCCCGGAGACGGGAAUGAUAGGAUCUGCAUGACACACAGCGAAGACAUGGCGAGAUUCAUCGCUAGGCUAUUAGAAGUAGACGACUGGCCUGAAUUCAGCAUUGUCGUUGGAGAUGAGCCUACAUAUAACGACACCAUAAGACUAGGCCAAGAGGUGCGAGGAAAUGAAUUCGAGGUCGUGAAUGACAGCCCUGAGAGCAUCAAGCAAGGAAAGGUCACCGUCCCUGAGAUGCCGCCUGGGUGCCCGUACUCGGAAGAUGAAGUCUACGAGACAACCGUACUGGUGAGCCGUCUUACGAUUGCCGGGGUGUUCGAUCUGCCCAAGGAAAGCCGAUUGAAUGAAAGGUUUCCUGAUAUCCACACGAAGAGUCUGAGGACAUUCAUGAUCGAAUCAUGGAAUUAA